AUGUCGGACUCGGAGAAAGAAGACGCCGGGCGGACGUCGCCUAUUUCAAGUCGACACGAGAAGUCGCUGGGCCUGCUCACUGCCAAGUUCGUGGAGAUGUUGAAGAACGCCGAGGGAGGCCUCCUAGACUUGAAAAAGGCUGCGGACAUGUUGGACGUGAAGCAGAAGCGACGCAUCUAUGACAUCACCAAUGUUCUGGAGGGAAUCGGUCUCAUUGAGAAGGAGACAAAGAACACCAUCAGAUGGAUUGGAGCGAGUCAGGUGAUAGACGUGGUGGAGACGAUGAAGCGACUGGAGGAGUUGAGGGAGAGGAGAGAGAGACUCGCCCGGAGAGAGAUGGAGCUGGACCAACAGCAGCAGAGGAUGGAGCAGUGCCUCAGGAACAUCACAGACGACACCAUCAACGAACAAUUCUCCACCCUUUCCUACGUGACUCAUCAAGACAUCUGCCAGCUCCCUCCCUUCAAUGGGAGCACAGUACUGGCUAUACAGGCUCCUGAAGGGACUCAGCUCUCUGCUGACAGGAAUGAUCAAUAUCACAUGCACCUGAGGAGCUCCAAGGGCCCCAUCAAAUGUCCUGGUCCUGAAUCAAGACGAAGACCUAGCUUCGCUGGUUCCCAACACAACCGCUGA